AUGCCAGUACACGAGCUAUUACGUGAAGCCGUGUUACUUACGCUUAUUCGUGGAAGUGAACGUAUUGAUAGAACAGCGAUUAUAACUGCUCUCGGACAAAUUACUACCAUCACGAAUAUUGAUUCAUUAGGAAAUCUCGGCGAUUUGUCGGAAUGGUACGUAAUUUUUAAAACGAAAACUGCUCGUGAAGACGUUCUCAAGGUUCCUGAAUUGAAGAUUGGUGAUCAAACCUUUUUAAUUAGUGAACCAUAUAAACAUGUUAAAAUCGUUCGUCUAUUAAAUUUACCUACAUCAGUACCUGAUGAGGAUAUUCGAACCAUUGCAUCCAAUUGGGGCGGCGUCGUUUUAAGCGUUGAUGCUGAAAGAUUGCCACGUCCCUUCGAAGCAAUCAAAUCCUUCGUACGCCGCGUUCGUAUACGUCUUCCAUCUCGUCAGGAUGAGAAUAAAGUUCCAAUCUCAUUUCGAUUUGGCGGAUUUAACGUCACGGUACAAUUGGAAGGUCGUGAAAAGGUAUGUUACCGGUGCAAAUUAGCCGGACAUAUCAAAGCUGAAUGUACGGCUUUGAAGUGUCAAAAGUGUUAUGAAGUAGGUCAUGAUGACCCAAGCUGUCAGCAGAAAUGA